AAUAAUAUAAAAAGAAAACAACUAAUUAACAAAAAGUGCAAAAAAUAAAUAUUAAAAAAAAAUUAAUUAAAUACACUAAUAAACUAAAUCUAUUUUUAUAAAAAAUAAAAUUCAAUCAAUUUAAAUAAAAAAAAUAAUUAAAAUGAAUAAAAAUAUAAUCUGCAUUUUAAUUUUAAUUGUGACUAUCGCCCUGUGCUGUCGUCCUUUGUAUGGUAAACCCUUGGAUAUAAAUAGUAAAGAAGAGAAUUACAACGAUGACGGAUAUAAUGGAAAUUUGGAUAAAAAGACAAUAGAACAAUUACGUCAGUGUGACAUGGACUUGGAAACAAUGGAGUUGUGCAUGCGCUGUGCAAAAAUAACAAAAUCUACGAUAGUCUAUCCGUUGUGUUGUGCUAAUGAGGAUAAAAUUAAAGAUUGGUGUCAUGACUAUGUCUUCUUUGGAGCACUUUAGAUAUAUAUAAAAUAAUUUCAAUUACAUUCAGCAUCUUUUAUGAUUAAUCAAGUCCUCAACUCAACUCACACACACACACACACACACUCACUCCCAUACACAAUUUCAGAGAAGCUGACGAACAAAUCUUAUUUAAUUUUAAGUUAUUCUAAUUGGCUGUGAUAAAAACAAAAACAAAUUACAUAUUUAAUAAAUUAAUUUUAAGAAAAUUUAUACCAUUUUAGGAAUUUAGUAGUACACAAAAAACACACAAUGUAAACACGAACAUUUCUACUAUAUUUAUGAAUGAAUUGUACAAUAUCAUUUGUAUGUAUGUACUUCAUAUUCACCUGAAUAAAAACAAGAUGUUGUUUCAUUUUUAUUUCAUUAAAAAUA